CCGCACGAUGCCCAACCCGGCUGCCCACCUGCCCUUUUACUACGGGAGCAUCUCUCGCUCGGACGCUGAGGAGCAUCUCAAGCUGGGCGGGAUGAUGGACGGCCUCUUCCUGCUCCGCCAGUGCCUCCGCAGCCUGGGGGGCUACGUCCUGUCGGUCACCCACAACCUCCAGUUCCACCACUACCCCAUCGAGCGGCUGAUGAACGGCACCUUCGCCAUCGCGGGUGCCAAGGCGCACUGCGGCCCCGAGGAGCUCUGCGAGUUCUACUCCAAGGAUGCCGACGGGCUCUGCUGCCCGCUCAAGAGGCCGUGCAACCGCCCCAGCGGCCUCGAACCCCAGCCGGGCAUCUUCGACUCCAUCCGAGAGAACAUGGUGCGGGAAUAUAUCCGGCAGACGUGGCAGCUGGAGGGGGACACCCUCGAGCAGGCCAUCAUCAGCCAGGCCCCCCAGGUGGAGAAACUUCUGGCCACCAAAGCCCACGAGAAGAUGCUGUACCACGGCCCCAUCACUCGAGCGCAAGCAGAAAGCAGGCUCUACUCCGGUUCACAGCCUGAUGGGAAAUUCUUGCUGAGAGAGAAAAAGGAGAACGGCUCUUACGCUCUGUCCCUCGUCUACGGAAAGACGGUUUAUCACUACCGGAUCGGACAGGACAAAGCAGGAAAAUAUUCGGUGGAAGACGGAACCAAGUUUGAUACGCUGUGGCAGCUCGUGGAAUAUCUCAAACUGAAACCGGAUGGCCUGAUCUAUUAUUUGAAGGAAAUUGCGCCGAAUCCGGAUAUGCCAACAGAAACCGUGACACCUGCCCCACCGGCCCACCCGUCUGCGUUCCGGAGACUCGUAUCACAAAACUCUGAUGGUUACACACCUGACCCCAUCGCUGUUGGACAGGGCCGGAUCCUGCCCAUGGACACGUCCUGCUACGAAAGCCCUUACAGUGACCCCGAGGAGCUGAAGGAGAAGAAGCUAUUCUUGAAGAGGAGUAACCUGAUUGUCGAGGACAUGGCUGGGGCAGGCAAUUUCGGCUCCGUCCGGAAAGGCGUUUACAAAAAUGAAGAACACAUCGACGUGGCCAUCAAGAUCCUGAAAAGCGGGAACGAGAAAGCCGAGAGGGACGACAUGAUGAAGGAGGCGCAGCUCAUGCACCAGCUGGACAACCCUCACAUCGUGCGCAUGAUCGGCGUCUGCGAGGCAGAGGCGCUCAUGCUGGUGAUGGAGAUGGCCUCCGGAGGGUCGCUCAACAGAUUCCUCUCCUCUAAGAAGGAUGAAGUCCCCGUGAAUAAUGUGGUUGAGCUGAUGCACCAGGUGGCCAUUGGCAUGAAAUAUUUGGAAGAGAAGAACUUUGUCCACCGAGACCUGGCUGCCCGGAAUGUUCUGCUGGUCAACCAACACUACGCCAAGAUCAGUGAUUUUGGGCUGUCCAAAGCUCUGGCUGCUGAUGACAGCUACUACCUGGCCAAGACAACAGGGAAGUGGCCACUGAAGUGGUAUGCCCCCGAAUGCAUGCUCUUCCGAAAGUUCUCCAGCAAGAGCGACGUCUGGAGUUACGGCGUCACGAUGUGGGAGGCGUUUAGCUACGGACAGAAACCCUACAAGAAAAUGAAAGGACCGGAGGUGAUAACAUUCCUCGAGGAAGGGAAGAGGAUGGAUUGCCCCGCGAAAUGCCCCCCGGAGAUGUACAAGCUAAUGCAGCAGUGCUGGACUUUCAAGUGGGAAGACCGGCCGGACUUUUCCACGGUGGAGACGCUCAUCCGCACCUAUUACUACAGCAUCGCCGCCCGGACGGAGGAAAAGCAAGAGGAGAAAGCGAGAACGACGCCUGAUUGA